AUGAAAAACAACAACAAUCACAAAACCACAACACUCAAGAAAUAUUACAACGGUGUUACGUCUACCAACGGAGAAGAAAAGUGUCUACACGCAACCAUGUUGCACUUCAACCACAACAACCAACAACAAGCCACCACCACCACCACCAGCGGCGCCCUCACACCCAUCCAAUUCGACGACACCCCUCUCUCACCGCCUCCUCCUCCAUACUCCUCCCUCUCCCCUCCUCCGCCCGCCUACACCCCUCUCCCUCCUUCGCCACCACCAUACUCUUCCCUGCCAUCACCUCCUGCUUACGACACGCUCUUCCCUCCUCCUCCGCCCUACAGCCCGCGGCCCUCCCGCUCCUCCUCCUCCUCCUCCUCCUCCUCCUUUCCGUGUCCGACUCUGCCACCGAUCCGCACUCUCCUCUCCUGCAUCUGCUGCGCUCUUCCUCCUCCGCCAGUCCACCACAUCACAGCCACCACCGACGCCUCGCCCCGGCUUCCCGUUUUCCACGCCCGCUACUACAGCUCCGCCACCGCCCAGCACCGCAAAGACGCGAGCCGGGACCGUCACGCCCUCUUCGUCCUCACCAGCCCCAGCACAUCAAGGGGUCUCUACCUUGGCGUCGCAGGCAGCCGCCGCCGGGGUCUGCGCUUUCACGAGACCCCCGGCGACGCACCGCAAAACUGUACAGCAGCAACAGCAGCAUCCAGCUUACGCGUGAGCAAGUUCCUCGGGAGUGUCGCGGCGCAAGACGUGGACGCGCUCGGAGACGUCUGUCAGCGCGUAUACAAGGACACGUUUCCCGUGGCGGUCAGCGCGGGGAGGAGGAAGCCGCAGCCGCGGAGAAGGCGGUCCUGCCGCUUUCUGCUUUACACGGUAGAAGCGCCGCCGCCACCAUACAGCGAGAGACGUGCUGUUGUUGCGGAGCCACUGGCGUCGGCGUCGCAUGAGUGGGCGGCGGCUGUCAUUGCGCUGGCCCAGUCCGAUGGACUUUUGCAGAGGGAUUAG